UGAGAUCACGUACGAAUUUUUUUCUUUUUUUCUCAAUUUGGAGUCAGAGAAGACGACGUCACACGUUUUAACGGCUAUUGCUUUGUUGUGCUGUAGGUGUGAGUGAGUAUUUGUGCACGUAAAAGCUAGCAGCGGACAACGACGACGUCGACAAAAAGAACUCGCUUAGUGUUAUGAGCUGAGGCUAGAGUACCUACCUGUUAGUUGCCUGUUGACUGUCGAACGUUUUGGUGGUGUUUCAAUUAAAACGCGCUUAGAAAAGUAGUAGAAGAAAACAACACAAGGAAAAACAAAAAACACAACAACAAUAUAAAACGUCUAGCUAACAACUUAAUACCAAACAACGAGAAGAGAAUAUUUUAUUUUCUGAACCCAUACUACAACAACACUCAACCUUUAAGAAAGAAUCAUCAACGAACGAAUCUGAAUCUUCAACAUCUUAACGCCGAUCGCCAAACACCGCCGCUGAAACCCCUCAGCAAAGGCAAACAAGUUAACAACACUACGACGUUUACCGGAGUGUAUGUGUCUCUAAGAGCCAUGUCUUCCAGUAAGCUAAACAUUAAGUAAGCGUCUUUUUGGAACCUGGAACAUACCAAACACCAAAGGAAUAAAACGCUGCCUAAACAAAAGAAAAAAGUCGCAGAAAAAUGGAUUGGUCCGAGGGUGAUUUGGUAUGGUUUGAUCCCGGUGUGGGUCAUCCCAUACCAGGAGAAAUACAAGAAGUGCAUCGUGCGGCACAAGUCAUAGUUGUGCAGGCGGUUAUUAAAGGCAAGGCUCAAACUUUUGCUCUGCAACCGGGAGAAGGCAAUCUGAGGCCUCGACAGGAUUUGGGCAAUAGUGGCGUCGAGGAUAUGACCAUGCUGGAGGAUUUACAUGAGGCCUCUCUGCUGUGGAACCUGCGUUUGCGUUAUGACAAAGGCCUUAUCUACACAUUUGCGGGCAGUAUUUUGAUAGCCAUCAAUCCAUACAAAAUGUUUCCCGACUCCUAUGGCCUUGAGGUGGCCAAACAAUAUGCUGGCAAACCCUUGGGAACCAUGCCUCCUCAUCUUUUUGCCAUAGGAGCUGCAGCUCAUGCCUCCCUGCCCUCACCCCAAGUUGUGGUUAUUUCAGGAGAAUCGGGUUCUGGCAAGACAGAAUCCACCAAACUGGUCAUGCAGUAUUUGGCUGCUGUGGUUCCGGGAGGAGGCUCAGCCUCGGCAGUUAUUACCGAACAAAUCCUGGAAGCGGCACCUUUGCUAGAGGCUUUUGGCAAUGCACGCACCACACGCAAUGAUAACAGUUCUCGUUUCGGCAAAUAUUUGGAGGUGUACUUUAAAAAUGGUGCUAUUGUGGGAGCGAAGAUCACCCAAUACUUGUUGGAAAAGUCGCGCAUAGUAACCCAGGCUCCAGGAGAGAGAAACUAUCAUGUCUUCUAUGAAAUGCUGGGUGGUCUAUCGGAGGCUGAACGCACUAAAUAUGGCCUAUUGGAGGCCGAUAAAUAUUUCUAUCUCAAUCAAGGGGCCACUGAUUGUGCUCCGGGACGUGUGGAUUGGGAUUCGCUGCAAAGCGCCAUGCAAGUCUUGGGCGUUUCCGAGGGAGAACGGGAAGGCAUUAUCAGAGUUUUGGCUUCCGUUUUGCAUUUGGGCAAUGUGUAUUUCCAUCGCCGUCAGCUGAGACAUGGCCAAGAGGGUGUGGAAGUUGGCUCUGAUGCCGAAAUCAAGUGGGCCGCCCAUUUAUUGCACAUCUCUGCCGAAGGUUUACACAGAUCCCUAACCAGUCGAAUAACUGAAGCUCGCUCAGAACGUCUGCACACACCUCUGAGCAUAGAUCAGGCCCUCGAUUCCAGAGAUGCCUUUGCCAAAGCCUUGUACUCAGGCCUCUUCAAUUGGCUUGUGUCCCGCAUCAAUUCCAUAGUCCAGAAGGGUGGCACUCAUGAUGCCCACCGUAUAUCCAUAUUGGAUAUUUUUGGCUUUGAAGAUUUGGCUGAGAAUUCCUUCGAGCAGCUUUGCAUCAAUUUUGCGAACGAAAAUCUUCAGCUCUAUUUCAACAAACAUGUCUUCAAACUGGAGCAGGCCGAGUAUUCGCGAGAACGUUUGGAAUGGACCCCCUUGACUUGGGAUGACAAUUUGCCAGUUAUUCACUUAUUAGCCAAGAAACCAGUGGGAAUUUUCCAUCUGCUUGACGAUGAAUCAAAUUUCCCUCGAGCCUCCGACAUGAGUUUCCUGGAGAAAUGUCACUAUAAUCAUGCCCUCAAUGAGUUGUACUCCCGUCCCCGUGUGGGAGCCCAGGAGUUUGGUAUCACCCACUAUGCCGGCCAGGUGUGGUAUUGUGUUGAUGGUUUCCUCGAUAAAAAUCGCGAUGCCUUGCGCGGUGAUGUCUUGGAGCUUUUGGGAUCCAGUAAAUUGCAGUUGGUUUCCGAUCUCACCAAGCAAUUACGAGCUCAACGUGAUUCUGGCAAGACCUUGCCCAAGGGAAACAAUGGUCGCUUCGUUACAAUGAAACCCAGAACUCCCACUGUGGCGGCACGUUUCUCCGACUCUCUGCAACAAUUGCUGCAGUCCAUGGGGCGCUGUAAUCCUUGGUUUGUGCGUUGCAUAAAGCCCAACAAUGAGAAGCAGUCGUUGAAAAUGGACAUGCCUUGUGUGCUGCAACAGCUGCGUUAUUUGGGCAUGCUGGAUACCAUACAGAUUAGGCAGAAGGGUUAUCCUGUGCGAUUGCGCUUCCAACAUUUCAUAGAACGAUAUCGUCAUUUGAUGAGAACUCCCCUGUCCCGGGGUACCCCGUAUCGAGAACUAUGUCGUAUGUUGCUGGAAUCCAUGCCUGGUACUGGCAUUGAUGGGCCCGAUUAUCAGCUAGGAGCAACCAGAGUAUUUCUCAGGGAAGCUCUGCAUCGCAUGCUGGAAUCCAGCCGUUCCGAUCGUCUGAAGACGGCAGCUGUGGCUAUACAGAAACAUGUACGCGGCAUGCUAGCCCGUCGUCAUCUAAUACGCAAAAAGAAAGCAGCCACUCGCAUUCAGUCCCGUUGGCGUGGUCAUCGUGAGCAGGCGAAAUAUCAGAACCUGCGCAAGAGUGUAACCAAGGCUCAGGCUUUGUGGCGUGGAAAAAUGGGCCGCAAGCGUGCUGUUAAACUAAAGGCGGAAUACCAAAGGCGUUUGGAGGCCCAAAGGGCCCAGAAGGAACGAGAAGCCAAAAAGCAGGCCAAAGAAAAUUUGGAACGCAGUCAAAUCUCCUAUUUAGAUAUCCCAGCCGAAUUGGCCUUCAUCUUUUCGAAAAGCGAAGGUUGGACGCCCGUUCACGGGGAUAGACAUUUGGUCAAAGUUGUGGGCACUGUUCCGGGACCUCCUGUGGCCGCUGAUCUUCCCAAGGAUUUGGAUCAAUUCUCAUUUGGAAAAUUCAGCUCGGUGUAUUGUAAUGGCAUGCGAUUGGCGGCUCGCCGAGAGCCCAUCACCACCCCAUUCCUAUCAAGGGCUGCCUCUAGAGAUCAAGACUUCCAAGAUUCCUUGGCUGUUUUCAAGCUGAUCUUGCGUUGGACCAAUGACAAGAGUAUGGAUGGCAACAAGGAAAAGGUACUCUCCGAUUACAUAGUCCACAAGGGCUUGUCCUCUCGUGGUUUACGCGAUGAAAUUUUAGUUCAGCUCUGCAAUCAAAUCUACAACACCGACGAAGUGCAGGCUCAACGUCUAUGGCAGUUGAUGGCCCACUGCCUGUCUUGCUUCCAACCGGGGCCGGCAUUUAGCAAAUAUUUGAUGAAAUUCAUAGUGGAUAAUGCUCCUGAUUCUAUGAGGGAAAUGCUUUUGAAGAAGAUUCUUCGGAAUACUCACUCCACCUAUGCCAACAGUUGUAGAAACUUCACCCCUUCGUGGGUGGAAUGGAGAGCAAUAUCGCGAAUGUCAGAUAUUGCUGUAUCCUUGACCAUGCCCGAUGACACCAACCAAACGGUGGCCAUAGACUCGUGGACCACAUGUGAAGAGGCUGCCUCACUGGCUGUCUCCACUCUGGGCAUUUCCAAUCGUGGUUGGACUGUAGUGCUGGAUGAUGGUAAACUAGUCACCGACUCUUGUGGCUUGGACUAUGUCUUGGAUUUGAUUUCGGAAAAAGAGCUUUGCCCUGCCUUCCCAGCUUUGCGUAGUGAUUUGAUGACAACAGGUGCCAAAUUUCAUCGAACUAUUUUGCCUGAAGGCGAUAGCAGUACUCCAAAGAGGCCUCAAGUUCCCCCACCAGAGCCUCCCAAAAUGAAAGCAACGCCUCCCAGCGAGUCACCCAUCUCAGAUUCGCAUGACGAACAGCCCAUACGCAAGAAUUCAAGAAAUAUUUUGUCUAGGAGCUCAGCCUUAAACGAUCGCUACUUUGAGCAGGAGAAAUCCAGAUCAAAAUCCUUGGAUGAUCUUUUGGCGGGAGAUGUUACCGAUUUGGAUGCUGCCACUGAGCCAGAGCCCUUGGCCGAAAUGGGUCUUUCGGAAAGUCGCCUCAAUGAAAGAUAUCACUCGGCAGAACGUCUUACACCUAUGGGCAAGGAAACAGCUCCUCGGUAUCAAAAAUCGCAAUAUGCUGGUCGUAGAUCCCAUGGGGGAUCGCAUUCAAGCAAAUACAUGGACAAGUCGGAAUAUGCCACCAGAUCUUCAGCCAUGUCAGACACCAGUGAAGCUCCUUCGUUGGCUUCUCAUGUAAGAAGGGUGCGUGUGCCCUCCCAAGCUUCGGAUGUAGAUCAAUUCUUGGAUGAUUUAUUCAGUCCAGUAUUGGAUGGUUCUUUGGAUGAACUCUCCGAUGCCAGAUCAUUGGCCGCCAGUAUUCGAGGAGGAGGAGGGCCUCCCCCUACCUCAGCAAUUGUAGAAGAAAUUGAUUUCUUUGAAGCUCCAGAUUGCGGUCACCAUGAAUUAACUUUGAAUGCCCACCAGUUGUCCUGCAAGAUAAAGGGUGGCGGUGAAAAAGGCCAUGAGGAAAACGCUUCAGCCAAUUUGGAUGACUACAUAACAGGGCUUUUUAAGCCAAUUUUCGUCAACGAUGCUGUCAAAGUACUGACCGAACAUUCCGAACUGAUUGAGACCAUUAAGGGUGGCGGUACAGCUCAGGCUCAAACCUCCGCAGGCAAUGCGUCAUUCUCCAGCUCCCCCAGAAGUCCAGUGUUGAAUAAUUCAGAAAAUAUUCUACAGCUGGUCAAUAUACCACCCGAUUCGGAUCCUUCCGCCUACCAACACCAAGUUCAGAGAGCUUUUCUGCAAUCGGCCAUGGCCCAGAAUCUACAAAUUCAGCAGCAAUUAUUGGCCCAAAACCAGGCAUUGCAAACGUUACUCAGCCAGCAAGAUACUACGGUGGCUGCUGGCACAACUUCACCACCUCCCAUACCUCCCAUAAUGCCUGUGGUCAAUCAUGUGAGUGCGACCACAGCGACAUCCAAUAACAUGACGGCAAAAAUCAGUGUCAUGUCCAAUGAAGCUCCUCAGCAAGGGCGCAAACAAAGUGUCAAGAAUCGAAUUUCUCAGUUUUCUGAGAAUGAUCGCAAUCGCAAAGCGUCUUCGGACAGCGGAGGAUCGUUGAUUCCACCUCCUCCACCACCACCCAUGCCACCGCCCAUCGAAGUCAAAGAUCCCUCGGAGACAAGACACUUUUUGGACCCGUAUGGCAGGGCAAAAACUGUGCGCAUUGGCAAAUGGCGCUGGCCUCCACCCCAGGAUGGUCCCCAAUUUGAGACAGAGGAAGACUUUUUUGCUUUCAAAAUGCGCCAGCAUCAGCGUAAGAAUACACCACAGUCCCAGUUUCACAGCAGCAACGGCUCGUUGUCAGGCUCAGCCAUUGAGUGGGAGGAAUUUGAAGUCCAUGAUAACUCCAAAAGUCCCUCGCCUGUGGUUUCAAUGCCUGUGCACACCACCCAAAUGGUGCGCACCCAAAUCAAGAUUGAAACUGGCAUUAAACACAACUCCAAGCCGGUUAUGGAGCAGUCGCCACCUCAGCAAACUGUGGUGACUACAAAAACCACCAAGAAAAGCUUUGAGAUUGGAGCAGAUCGUCCUCCACCGGGAAGUGUGGGCAAGCUUAAGUUGAGUUCUGAAAUGCGCCAACGUUUGGAACAGGUUACCGCUGGACAUUCGGUACGUUCUACAGUCAGCACCAAGUCGGAGCAAAGGACACCAGCCAAAUUGGAGGAUACCAGAAAGAUGAUGUUGCAGCAACAGCUCAGUGGCCAAUUCAGCAACAUGAUGACCUCCAAUACCACGGUGGACUUGCAUACCGUGCGCUCCCACAUCGAACGUAUGGAGGAGAAGUUAGUGCCUCCUCCCUCCUGGCCAUCGCAUGUACCACCCGCACCAAACAUACCAGCUCCACCACCACCUAUAAGGCCUCCAAAUGUAGCGCCUCCCGCUCCACCACCAGUUCCCAAGAGUCCUCCCGUACACAUGCUCGAGACGGAGGAAAAUGAAUAUCGUGGCCAGGCAAAGGAUGUGCCGGCCUUUAUUCAACGUCAAGAUCGCGAUACCUUUGGUGUAAGACACAAUUGGAAUGGCUCCGACGAUUCCAAGGAUGCUUAUGAUUCAUGGGGUCGCACUGAAGCUGCCAAACUGGAUAUGGUCUAUGAGAAGAGCUACAAAAAGGAGAUGAAAAAUGAAAGGGAACGUUCGCGCUCUAGGUCCCGUUCUAGGGACCGUGAUGAUUUCUCCGAGUCUGUGUGGGAUCGUGCAGAGGUUGAGGGCCCUGCCUCCAGUGGCAGUGAUCGUGAGAGAGAAAAGGAGCGUGAGAAACGUGAGCGAAUAUAUGAAAUGCGUCAGGUCGAACGUGAAAAGGAAAGUCACAAAGUUUACCAGCCAGCACCGCCUAAGGUGGUAACGGCCACCAUUGAGAGAAACACGGAUCGCACAGACAGCUACAGCCCAGUGAUGGUGGGAGAACGCAAGUAUUCCUACCAAGCCAUGGUAUCGAACAAGAAGCAGUCCCUUCCAAUUUCGCCGGCUCCUAUUGUGCCCACUAUGUCUAGCAUGCCCAAUAUGUCGCACAUGUCGAAUAUGUCUACCGUAUCGCACACCUCCAAUGUGGCCAAUGUCUCCAGCAUGUCUCACAUAUCCAACACACCGGCCACCUUCCGCACGCACAUGGCCCAAAAGUAUGAAAAGGAAAGAAAACGCAAGACCUCGGCUUCGACCACAGUGUCACAAAGUACACGACGUGACGAGGAGACUGAUGGCGCAGAUGAAUGGCCCCUGCCAGCCAUACCAGCGCCAGUACCUGCUCCAGCCUCUCUAAAGCAUCCGGCAAAUGCUUGUCUUACCUACAACAGAGUGCCAUGGAAGUUAAGGGUACGCAAAGAAGUCUUCCAUCCCAACGAACCCAUUGGACCUCCCGUGGCUUUGGAUCUGCUCUUUGCUCAAGUGUCUGCGGAUGUCUUUGGUUUAACUCCCUCACUGCGUAUAUCACCGCAGGAGAAAGUGGCUGCCAUUAAUAUGCUCAAUGGCCAUGGGGUGACGGCAGAGACCAUACGCAGCCAAAAUGUAAGGGCCAUAGUCAAGCGGCAUCUCAUUGAUAUGGCGCGCGAGUGGCCUUUGUACUUUGCUCGCCUCUUCCCUGUGCAGGGAGCCCCACAAUAUCCCGAUGUUUCUAUUAUGGGCAUAUCACACAAUGGCCUUUAUUUGGCACGACGUGAUGCUGACUAUUUAAUUGUGGUCCAGGCCAUACCUUUUGCUGAGAUUCAGAAUGCAGUGACCCUACCUAGGCCAGCUUCCCUACAAUUGAAUAUGCGCAAUGGUAAAAAUGUGGCCCUGCAUGCGGUGCGAGCAGCAGCCAUACAGGCAAUGGUCACCAUGUUUGUGCAGGAGUUUAGGAAGACACAAUCGAAAGCUUCCACCUUGUCGUCGGGUGUGCGUGCCGCUGCCCAAACCCUGAAUGUGCCCAUUGAGCGCUUAGAGUCCAGACAGUCAAAUCACCGCGAAGUCAUACAUGCCAGUUCCAAUAAUGGCCACAAUAUGACCAGCUCCAGUACACAUCAUCAACAAAUGCGCAAUGCUUCUUCACCAAUGAUGGCCGGAUCUUAUGAUGAUACCCAUCAUCAUAUGCAACACUCUCAACAGCAACAACAACAGCAGCAGCAACAAAUGCAUCAUCAUAGCAGUAGUCGAGUAGAACAAAGUUCCAGGGCUGAAGUGCAUUCACGCUCCGAAAUGCAUUCAUCCCGCUCCAUGCAUCACAGCAGCAACAUGCAUGACAACAUUGAUCACCACCAUGCGCCAGUAACAACAGGUCAGGCUCCUCAUCACUAUAAUGGCCACAAUGAGGAUGACGAUAGAAUCAUUGAACGUGAGCACUAUGGAGGGGAACAUCAUCAGCAGUAUACCAAGCAGCAAAGUUAUUUGCAUUCUGGACGCAAGCUAUCCAAUCAACAAUAUCAUGGAGCUGGCAUGCCUCCUCGGGAGCAGGCGCCGCAUGUACCAAAUCACCUAAAUCAACAGAUUCUGGAUGCCAACUAUAUGGCAGAGGAUCAGCAUAAUGGAGGUGGUUCCACUUCACCUUCGGUUACCCGUUAUUCACUGUUACAGUUUGCCAUGCAACACUUUAGAAAUGACCAAAUUUCUGACUCACGUUCCCAUGGCCGUGAAUCUUCGGAACGUUCUUCCAAUCGCUCAUAUGCUGAACUGGUGAAAUGGCAGGGCCUGCCCAUACGCAUGCCUUUGUUGCGUUUGCCCAAUGACUUGGCUCCCCUAGCUUUAGAAUGUUUUGAGUGUAUAUUGUGUUAUUGUGGUGACAUACCCAUGGAUCCCGAGCUAACCGAGGUGAAAUGUGUUUACACGGUGCUAAUGCAUUGUCACAAAUACUUGGCAUUACGUGAUGAGGUCUACUGCCAGUUAAUGAAGCAAACUACCGCCAAUCGUUCGCCCUGUCCCGAUUCCACUCAGCGUGGCUGGCGUCUACUCAGUAUUUUAGCAGCAUAUUUUGGCUGUUCCGAUGCCUUGAGGCCUUAUCUAUUGGAACAUCUAACCUCGGCUGCCUCAGAUCGCCGACGUUCGUGUCAUGGCACUGCCGCGGUAUGCUUAACCAAUCUUCGCAAAACGGCACGUUGUGGUGGUCGAAAGAAUGUGCCCAGUGUGGAAGAGGUGACCGCAGUGUCGGCAGGUCGUUCAGCUCGUCGACAAAUCUACCGUUUGCCUGGAGGAGCAGAAAGGGUGGUCAAUACCCGCUGUUCCACAGUGGUGGCGGAUGUUAUAGCCGAAUUGUGCGCUUUAUUGGGCAUUGAAUCGGAAACCGAACAGCAAGAAUUCUCCUUGUAUUGCAUAGUUCAAGGAGAUGCCUUUACCAUGCCCUUGGCAGCAGAUGAAUAUAUUUUGGAUGUUACCACAGAGCUACUGAAAUCGGGCCAGCCUUUCUAUCUGAUAUUCUGUCGCUCGGUCUGGCAUUUCCCCCUGAAGAGGGAUCCUGCCCCCACGCCCUUAUAUGUGGAGGUUCUUUUCAAUCAAGUGGCGCCCGAUUAUUUGGAAGGUCUGCUGCUUGAAUUACCUGGCAAUGGUGUGCCUCCACCUGAUGUCGUACGCGAUAUGGCGCGCAUAGCGGCUUUAUUACAUAGGGCGGCCGACCUAAGUCAUGUACCAGCAAUGAAGGAAAUCAAAUUCCUAUUGCCUAAACCAGCUUUAGGUAUUAGAGAAAUAAGGCCAGCCCAAUGGGUGGGUCUAGUCCAAUCGGCUUGGCCACAGAUUGCCAAUCUAAGUCCGGGGCAGGUUAAAGCCCAGUUCUUGAAUGUGUUGUCGGCAUGGCCUUUAUUCGGUAGCAGUUUCUUUGCGGUGAAACGUAUAUGGGCCGAAGAGGGUCCGCAUGUCGAUGACGGUCCCAUGUGGAGGGAUUUGAUAUUGGCCCUGAAUCGUAGGGGAGUAUUAUUCUUGGAUCCCAAUACACAUGAAACAAUGCAACAUUGGCCAUUUAUGGAGGUCAUAUCGACAAGGAAGGUCCGUUCCGAGGAUGGUGCAUUGUUUUUGGACAUGAAGGUGGGCAAUCUGAUGCAGCAACGUGUCAUACGGGUUCAAACCGAACAGGCUCAUGAGAUAUCGCGUUUGGUACGCCAAUACAUAACCAUGGCUCAAAUUAGUCAACGUGACAAAAGGGAUGUUGUCAAUUAAUUACUUAAUUAAUUAAUAAUCUGUACUUCUUAAAUUAAUUAAAAAAAAAAAACAAAAAUACACCUACACAUCUUUAAGAGAAUUUUAAUUUAUAAAAAAUAUAUAACUUUAUAAAACAUGUUUGCUUUAACUAUUUACAAUACUUGGCUCUCAGCUGUUAUUAUUUUGUUUUUUGAAAUUUAUAUAAAAAUUAUUAUUCUUGUCAAAAAUGAAAAAAAAUAUAUAAAAAC